CGUCCAGGACUGGGCGGGGGUAGGGGGCUGGGAGGGAGGAAGGCUGCGAGAGCUGGAGCUGAGUGUGUGAGUGCGUGUGUGGAGCCUCCUUGGGAGCUGGUGCUGAAACAGAAAGUGCCCCGGAGCUGCGCUGGGAAGGCGGGUGUCGUCCUGGGGCUAUGAGCAGGGCGGCUGGCCGCGGGGCCUUGCCCGGGCUGCGCGGGGGCGAGCUAGCGUCAGAGGCGCCCGGCCGCUGCGUGGGGCCCAGCAGGUCCGGGCGAGGAGUCCGGCGGCCGUGGGGGAAGAGAUGCGGUGCAGGGACGUCCCGAAGCCGUGGAGCGAGGCGCCGGGAGAGGUCCUUGGUGCGGGAGGCGCGCUGUGUGGGCGCAGAAAGGCUGCAGGACUGUAGGCGGCCGUGGGGGAGAAGACAAGCGGAAGGGACAGCCCAGGCCUCCGGGGUGAAUGAGGCUGCGGGGACACCUGGCACUGCAGGCUCUGUGGAGGCCGCAAGGGACUCUGGGGCUGUGUGGGUGAACGGGGCUGUGGGGGAACCCCAGGUGGUGGGGCCUGCCGGCUGUGUGUGGGCGACUGGCACUGGGGAGGAGGAGACGGUUUAUAGGAGCCCCCGGGGCUGCGAGAGAAAAGGUCGCCCGGGGUCUAUGGGGCAUGAGAGCAUUCUGGAACUGUGGUUGAAGGUGCAGGCUAUGAGGGCAGCUUCAGGUUGUGGAGAAGGAAGCAGAGUCGAGCUCCAUCCUAUGCCUGCAGGAGGGGGCCCCGUUGAAAGGGGGGUCCCUGGCCAGGCUUCGUGGGUAGAAACCAGCCGUGGUGGUCUUACCGGACCGUGGGUGAAAGGACAGGCUAGGGCAUUCCCCCGGGCCACAGGAGUGUCAAUAGCUCGUUCCCAAGAGGCAGGCUAUGAGAGGGUCUCUGGCCUGUGCGGGCAGGGUUGGGCUGUGACCGUGCCUGGGACUAUGGAGGCAAAUUCUGGGAUUGCCCCACACCUGCUAGGGAGAGGACAGGUUGCUGGGGUGCCUGGAGCUGUGGAAGGGAUAGGCUGUGGGGUUGCCCCAGGCUCUUGGGGAAAAGGAGCAACUAGGGGAGUGCCUGGGACCAUGGGGUGGCCCGAGGUUGUGGAGGUACCCAGAGCUGUGGAGGGAGAGCUGGGCUGUGGUGGUGCCCCAGGUCUCUGGGAGAGAGAGCAGUCAGUGCAGGUGCCUGCGGCACUGGCACAGGAGGCAGUCUGUGGGGAUACCACAGGCUUACGGGCGAGGGAGCAGGCCUCAGCAGUGCCUGAUGCUAGAGGGGUACUCAGAGCUAUGGAGGAGGAAGCUACCUCUGUGGGUGCCCCAGUCGUGUGGCAGAUGAGACCAGCUGUAGAGGAGACAGGCCCUGGGAGUCUCCCUAGCCCGUGGGGCACCAGACAGCCUGUUGGGGUACCUUGUGCUAUUGGAGAAAGAAUGAGAUGUGGGGGUGACCCGGGAUUCAGGGAAAGGGGACAGGCAGUGUGGGUAGAGACAGGCUCUGGAGGUGACUCGGGGUCAUGGGAAGCCGUACAGACUGCAGAGGUAUCUGGUCCUGAAGAGCAGGAGGCAGGUGCUGGGGACGCCCCAGGCCUGUGGGGGACAGGACGACCUGUGGGGGUAGCUGGGGCUUUGGGGAAGGAGACAGGCUGUGGGAGUGUCCCGGGUCUGUGGGGGACAGAACAGCCCAUGGGAGUGGCCCAGGCUGUGGUGGUUCCAGGAGCCAUGGGAGGACAGACAGGCUAUGGUGGUCUCCCAGGCCCGUGGGGCAGGCGGCAGGCUCUGGGGGUGCCUCUGGCUGAGGCGGUGCCGAGGGUUAUCCGAGAGGAGACAUGCGGUGGAAACAUCUUAAGUCUGUGGGAAAGGAGGCAGGCAAUGGGGGAGCAAGAGGCUCUGGUGCCUGCAGCUUUAGGAGGAACUGGAUCUGUGGCUCAAGAGACUAGCUAUGGGGAUGCUUUGUGUCUGUGUAGAAAGAGACAGGCUGUGGUGUUGUCAGAGACAGGGGGGAGGUCAGAGGCAGCAGGUGUGCCCAAACACAGGUGUGCCCCAGCAGGGGUGCCCACGGCUGUGGGUGUGCCGGGGUCUGGAAGAGUACCUGUCCGGGUGCCUGCUGCUGGGUGGGUGCCUGGCUCCGGGUGUCAGGGGAACAGCUCCAGGGAUGACUUGAGCCUGUGGGGAAGGGUUCAUACUGCCAGGAGAGCCAUGGCUUCAGGGAUUCCCAUGGCUCCCGAGGAGCUAUGGUCUGUAGGGGAGGAUGCUGGUUCUGAGGCCUUCCCAGGAUCAUGGGGAAGGAGACCGGCUAUUGGAGUUCCUGUGACUGACAGGGUUCCUGUGGCCCCUGAGGUUCCGGGGCUGGGGGGAGAGGAGAUGGGCUCUGGGGCUGUCCCAGGGUCUUGGGGAAGGAGACACAAUACCAGGGUUCCUGUGGCUGCUGAGGUGCCCGCCGCUCCUAGGGUGCCGGAUCCGCUGGGGACAGAGACUGGCUCUGGGGGUUUCUCACACUUGCCGGGAAGGAGAGCAACUCCAGGGGUACCUGUGACAGCAGGAGUGUCUGCAGCUGCUGGGCUGCCUGUGGCUCUCAGGGCACCUAGGCCUGUGCGAGAGGCGGCUGGUUCUGGAGAUGUCUCAGGCUUGUGGAGGGAGAGAGAGACAGUGUGGGGACCUGCAGAUGCCGAGGGUCCCACCAGGAUGGGGGUGCCUGCCACUCUCAGGGUGCCUGGGCCCGUGGGGGAAAAGCUGGGCCCUGGAGGCAUCUCAGACUUGGCAGGAGGGAGACAGACCACAGGAGCACCCGUGGCCACGGGGCUGCGCACAACUGCAGGGGUGCCCAGGCCUGUGGGGGAAGAGGUGCCCUCUGGGGCUCUCUUGGGCUUAUUGGGAAGAAGGCAGGCUGCUGAGGUGCCGGUGACUGCUGGUGUUCUCAUGGCUGCGAGGGUCCCCACAGCUGCUGGGGUCCCCGGGCCGCUGGUGGGCCAUAUUAGCUCUAGGGAUGGCUCAGGUACGUGGGGAAGGAGACAGGGGACUGAGGUGCCCAUGGCUGCUGGGGCUUCAGGACCUGUGGACGGGAACACUGGCUCUGAAGGUGUCGCAGGUCUGUGGAGAAGGAGACCUAAUGGAGCUGUCCCCGAGGCUGUGAGGGUCCCUCUGUCUGGGGGGGUGCUUGCAGCUGGAGGGGUUCCCACGGCGGAGCGUGGGCCUGCCGCAGUGUGGGUGACUGGGUGCGCAGAAGAAACGAAUGCGGCUGUCUCAGGCUGCGCCGUGGCGAGGAGACAGUCCACAGAGGGCCCUGGGGCUUUAGUCGGGGAGUCGGGAGGUAGAAUUUUCCUGGGCCUGGCAGGGAGGAGCCAGGCAGUCGGGGUGUCUUACACUUGUGGGCGCGGGACCAGGUUAUGGAGCUGUCGAAGGUCUGUGGGGGAAGAACCAGACCCUGAGAAUGUGCCAGGAGUGUCCGGGACAAGCACGGCUGUGGGAUUGAAUGAAUCUGAGGAUGUGCCCCCGGAUUCAAGGGGGGAAACAGGCAUUGGCCAUUUCGGACAGCAUGCACAGCAGAGUGGGAGGAGACAGACUGGGGAAGGGUCUGGAGUCAGAGUGAGGGGGGACAAUUUGGGAGAAAAUUAUGAGGGGGAGGACAGAUUGACAGGGGUGUUCCAGUAGU